AUGUCGUCCGGCAAAGGUCAACGCGAGUCCGUCUUCCCCACACGUCAAGCCCUCGGUUCCGCCAAAACCCGUCUCAAGGGCGCACAAACCGGUCACUCUCUGCUCAAGAAGAAAGCAGAUGCGCUCACCAAACGUUUCCGCACCAUCACGCACAAGAUCGACGAAGCUAAACGCAAGAUGGGCAAAGUCAUGCAGCAGGCCUCCUUCAGUCUCGCCGAGGUGCAGUAUGCUACGGGUGACAUCGGGUACAUCGUGCAGGAGUCGGUCAAGUCGGCCAGCUUCAAAGUGAGGGCCAAGCAGGAGAACGUUUCUGGUGUCAUCCUGCCCGCGUUUGAAGCCGAUAUCAAGGAAAAGUCGAACGGAGGGCAGGGAAGCGGUGGCGAGUUUGCGCUCACCGGUCUCAGUAGAGGUGGUCAGCAGGUCAACAAGGCCAGGGAGGUGUACACGCAGGCCUUGAAGGUGUUGGUCGAGUUGGCGAGUUUGCAGACCGCUUUCGUGAUUUUGGAUGAGGUGAUCAGGAUGACGAACAGGAGAGUCAACGCCAUCGAACACGUCAUCAUCCCCAAGCUGGAGAACACCAUCAGCUACAUUGUCAGCGAGCUGGACGAGGCGGAUAGGGAGGAGUUCUUCAGGUUGAAAAAGGUGCAGGCCAAGAAGAAGGAGAAAGCUGAAGCUGGAAACAAGCAGAGGAAGAAGAUGGUGGAUGAAGAGGACGACGACGAAGAGGAAGAUCAAGAAGACGCCGAGGCUGGUGGCGAUCAGGAGGAGGCGGACGCACCGUCCAACGAAAACAAGGAUGCCGGAGCGCAAACGGCCAGCAAGAAGAAGAACAAGAAGAAGAAGAAAAAGUCCAGCAGCCCACCCGAAACACCCGCAGCGGAGCAGGAGCAGCAGCAACCCCACAAAGAUAUGCUCUCGGGUGGCAAGGACGAAGAUGUCAUCUUCUGA